UAAAGGAGACAGAGAGAGAAACAAUCUUCCGCAAAACACAUAAAUUUGUUCACAUCCUUUCUGCGUUUUCGUUUCGAUAAAAAUAAGCAAUGUUCCCGGUCACAAGUCGGCGCCAUUUCUCAAUGUCCCUAUAUAUGCUCCGUUCAUCUUCUCCACACAUCAAUCAUCACUCUUUCCUUCUUCCUUCUUUUGUUUCCUCCUCCACUUUCUCUCCUAUCAAAGACCAACCUUUAUCUCCUCCUCCUCCUAUGGCUGCGUGCAUCGACACCUGCCGUACUGGUGAACCCCAGAUUUCUCCUCGCGAUUCUUCUAAAAACCACGAUGAUGAGUCUGGCUUUCGUUACAUGAAUUACUUCCGUUACCCUGAUCGAGCUUCCUUCAAUGGAACCCAGACGAAAACCCUCCAUACUCGUCCCUUGGUUGAAGAUCUCGAUCGCGACGCUGAAAUCGAUGAUGUUUGGGCCAAAAUCCGAGAAGAAGCUAAAUCUGAUAUCGCCAAAGAACCUAUUGUUUCCGGCUAUUAUCACGCUUCGAUUGUGUCCCAGAGAUCGUUGGAAGCUGCGUUGGCCAAUACUUUAUCUGUUAAACUCAGCAAUUUGAAUCUUCCGAGCAACACGCUUUUCGAUUUGUUCUCCGGUGUUCUUCAAGAGAACCCAGAAAUUGUUGAAUCUGUGAAACAAGAUCUGUUAGCUGUUAAGGAGAGAGAUCCAGCUUGUAUAAGCUACGUUCAUUGUUUCCUUCACUUUAAAGGCUUCCUCGCUUGUCAAGCGCAUCGUAUUGCUCAUGAGCUUUGGACGCAGGACCGAAAAAUCCUAGCUUUGUUGAUUCAGAACAGAGUAUCUGAAGCCUUCGCUGUUGAUUUCCACCCUGGAGCUAAAAUUGGAACCGGGAUUUUGCUAGACCACGCUACGGCUAUCGUGAUCGGCGAGACGGCGGUUGUGGGGAACAAUGUUUCGAUUCUCCACAACGUUACACUUGGAGGGACGGGGAAACAGUGUGGAGAUAGGCACCCGAAGAUUGGCGAUGGUGUUUUGAUUGGAGCUGGGACUUGUAUUUUGGGGAAUAUUACGAUUGGAGAAGGAGCUAAGAUUGGUGCUGGCUCGGUGGUGCUGAAAGACGUGCCGCCGCGUACGACGGCUGUUGGAAAUCCGGCGAGGUUGCUUGGUGGUAAAGAUAAUCCGAAAACGCACGACAAGAUUCCUGGUUUGACUAUGGACCAGACAUCGCAUAUAUCCGAGUGGUCGGAUUAUGUAAUUUGAAAAAGUCUUUUUGUGUUUUGUUGUUGUUGUUGUUCAUGGCUUUUCAUUGUUCUCUCGGCUUCUCUUGUUAUUGAAGCUGGUGAAGUAUAUGAUAUGCGAUGCUGUUUCCAUAAUCAGAUCAUUAUAAGAUAAGACUGAUUAAGAUGGGAUUUGAAAGUAAAACUCGGAAACUCUAAUCUCUGUUUAGUGGAGUUUCCUGUGGUUGGUUUCUGAUUAGCAGAGACUUAAGAUAUGUUAAGUAUGCAAGUGUUUAUUUGGUUAAACCAUGAUUUCUGUGAUUAGACUCUUGGGAAUAAACGGAAAAUUCAUCA